CCAAGGCACUGAAUAAUGAUGUAUAUAUAUAUAAUGCAUAUAUUAGGCCCGCUCAUCCAACAUUUUGGAAUACCCUCAUGCGCUCGCUUUUACAUCUACCUCUACCUCUACCUCUACCAUCUACCAACCCUAACAUCUUCUCUACCGCUUCUAUACCAUCUACCAUCGACUCGUUUACGUAUCUCGUAACUUAUAUACGACUUCGCCCGCUAUUAUCUAUACCUUGACGAUAAUCCAACUAUGCUCACUUUUUCGCUCCUAUUACUCUGCUGCGGCCUCCUGGUCUCGGCGCAAGAGAAACAUGCCGGUACCUCCGUCGUGCGUCACAAGAGGGAGACGGGAACCUGCGAGCAGACCUAUGGAGAAGGCUCGCAGUCGUGCGGCGGCAGCGGAAGCACCUAUUGCUUCAACCCUAAAAUCGGCCAGUCGUGCUGCUCAGCAGACAAGGGAUUUUGCGAUUCGGGAAAGUAUUGCGCGCCUGUCGCAGGGUAUUGCUGUCUUGAGGGAGAGGAUUUAGAGACGUGCGCCCGUAAUGCUGGUUUUACACUUCCUAGUUCGGCUUCGAAUAUGUCUGCGGAUCCCCAUACAGUAGCCAAUGCAACAACUGUUGCUAGACCUACGUUAACAGUCCUUCCCUUCCUCAAAGAAUCGCCAGCACCGACACCAAUGAUGGUAGACAUUCAAAACAACUCAUGUUCAUUCGCUACCCAUGCCAACUUGAACACGCCUAUACCUGUACCAACCUUUAUAUCGCACACGAACGCAACGCUCCAUCCACCUGUGCAGGUCUCUUCGGCAGUGAAGCGAGCUGAAACUUCGACGGGAUUAGUGGCACUACUUAGUUUACUGAGCAUUUUGGCUGUUUUUCUUCUGGAUUUGGUUACUAGCCCUAGGUAGCUUCAGGACGGAAUGUAUUUCUAUGAGAAGGAAUCAUGAUGGCCUAUUGUAAUUGUCUAGACCUCUGGGCGCAACUAUGAGGAUAUGUGGUUGGGGGAUUCAUGAAGUUGCGCGGUCCAUUGUAGAUAACUACGUUACGGUACCGGUUGAAGGUUCCUGCUUAAUAGGUCGGGCAGCCCUCUUGUGCUCGCUGAAAGGCGCCAGAGAAGAAUUCUUGCAUAGCAACAUAAUGAUAAAGAAUCCCGCCAAGUACGGCAAG